CUCGUCUAUAGUAAACGUUCCUAUGAUCAAGUCAGUGGCAUUUCACUCGAAGUAUAUUUUAAUUUAAUAGUUAUUUUAAUUAAAUAUCGAUAAUUAAAAACAUAUUGAUAUUAAAUUAUAAGUAAUUUUGUGCGAUUAAUAAAAUAAAUAUUAGUGACAACUACUAUGACUUACUUGAACUCAUGGGAAGAGUUUGAAAAGGGUGCGGAGAGGUUAUAUCUUCAGAAUCCUAUGAAAGCUCGAUAUUCUAUGAAAUAUUGCCAUAACAAAGGCGUAUUAUGGCUCAAACUAACAGACAAUUGCACAUGUCUACAAUAUAAAACGGAGAUAGCUCAAGACUUGAAGAAAAUGGAAAAAUUUAUAGGAAAUCUAAUGAGGCAUAUGGCAUCGAAAGACAGUUGAACUGAUCGACAGGAAUGGUGUGUCUUGUUAUUUGUAAGAGAACGAAUAUAUAUAUAUAUAUAUAUAUAUAUAUAUAAACUUUUUAAAUAAUAUAAAUAAGAUGUAAAAGACAUGGUGCGUUCGGUUUUGUUUAGUUGAAUUUUUUUCUCUCAUGCGUCGUGUGUAUAUAUCAUAAGAUUGAAAAGUGCAACGUGAUUCGUCUACGAUUAUAAAUUGCUUCUUUUUUCUUGUUUACUUUUUCAUGAGGUAUAAAAAUUGUCUUAAAUAUACAAUAUGUGCAUUAUAA